AUGGCGGUGCGGAGGCGAGUGCGGGCUCCGCUCUUGGCUCUAGUCUUGUUGGGGUUAGGUGGCUGGAGGCCGGGGCCGGCUGCGGCCGAGGACUCGAUGGGCCCUCACAUGGCGGUCCGCCUGGCCGAGAUGCUGACCCCUGAGGAAUGCGAGCUGUUCCGAGCCCUCCUGGAAGCUCCCGAGCCUGACCCAGAGGCUGAGCUGGCCCGACUGUCUGAGGACCGGCGGCCGCCAGACGAAGAGCCCGAGGGUGGCAAGGGGCUGCUGCGGCGGCGGCGGGAGGAGCGCGAGCUGCAGCCGCCCGACUCGGACACCGUGUGUCGGAAGGGGCUGGCGAGUUGGAUGGAGGCCAAGGCGCCGGCCCUGGCAUGGGACCGGGUAGCCCGGGCUCUGCGGCGCUGCGGCCGCCCGGACGUGGCUCGGGAGCUGGCCAAAAGCCUGCACCAAGAAGCCACGCUGGAGCUGCGGAAAUUCGCGCUGCCCUACCACGAAGCGGCGGCGGCCCAACCGUCCCCAGCGCAGCCCCUGCAGCCCCGCGCUGUCCCUCCCGACUGGGAUGCCUGGGACGCCUGGGAUGCUCUGGAGCUGAUCGUGGAGAGGCUGCCCCAGGCCCCGUAUCCGCGCAGUCCCGCCGGCUGGGUCGGGCCGCUGGCCCUCGGCUUCUUCUGCGGCUUCAUGGGCGCCUUCGGGCUCGGGAUGCUGAUCAUUCUGCUCACGCUGUGCAUUACAGAGACUGAUGGGGAUGAGAACCAGGGCAGGGAGUACAGGCCUGAGAGCCCCAGCUUAGUCUCCAUGCCCCUCCUGAGACCCAGCGGGCCCCACUACCUGUGGGAAAUAAAAACCCUUCCUUAA